CCCAUUUCCAUUUCUCUCUCUCUGGAGAAAAACGAAAAGGCUCUUCUGAAUUUACUCCAUCUCUUCAAGUUUGAACCUGCAAAUCCUGGCGCCAAUUUUUCCCCAAAAAAACAAAUCCCUAAUCGUAAACCCUAGCGAAUUUGUAUCCAAAGCCACCAAAUUCCGCCUCAUUAGGUAAUGGAUAGUGCAAGAAAGACUGCGUGCCCGGAAAAUGAAGAUGUGGCGGCGUAUUUGGUGAACAAGCGGCACGAAUUGGCGCAGAGUUCCAAGGGAAUUUCCGACAAUAUGGACAUGACGCUUUCAAAGGCCCAUUCAAACAUCUGUAACCACCAAAACCCAAUUAGAAACCUCAAAGACUUGGCUCAGAUUAAGGGCGUGGGUAAGUGGAUUUUGAAGCAGAUGCAAGGGUUUUUUCAGACUGAUGCUGGUCCUUCUGAGAUUGAAGACUUGACCAAAAAGGGAAAUAAAAAUAAGGGACCAAAGCGAUAUGUGCCACAAAAGAAUUCUGUUGCUUAUGCUCUACUAAUUUCACUUUUCAGGGGAACAGAAAAUGGAAAUGAAUAUAUGCACAAAAAGGAACUCAUUGAUGCUGCUGAAACAAGUGGAUUAUCUCGUGUACCAAUUGCGCCUGAAAAGGCAAAGGGAAAAGCUGGACAUUUUGGGAGCUCGCCGAGGGACUGGUACACUGGAUGGAACUGUAUGAAAACACUGAUAAGUAGAGGCCUUGUUGUGAAGUCCAGUUGCCCAGCUAAGUAUAUGUUGACAGAAGAAGGAAAAGAAGUAGCACGUGAAUGCCUAUUGAGAUCUGGUGUGGUUGGUCCUAAUAAGAAGUUUGAUGGUCUGGAAAGAUGUCCAGAUUUGGUCCAAAGAGACAAAGUGUCUGUUGUUGAUUUGCAUGAAGACUUGCCAGAUGUAGAGUGUGUGAAAAAGAAGGCAAAGAUAUCUGUAGAUAUUCCACCUGAUUAUCUUGAGAAGGGAACAGACAUAUCAUCACUUGAUUGCCUUCGAGAAGAUGAUACUGGUAGUAUAAGUUUCAUCUCAAAAUCAAGAACGGACGGGCAUUAUGCAUCAUCAUCUUUGUUCCAACUUAGAGAUGGUAGAGCAGGGACAAAUUCAGGUGAUAUGGAAAGACAUGCAAAUGAUGCUCCUAGAAAUAAAAGUUCGUUGCUUCAUACUUUUGGACAGAGUUCUUGUACUUUGAAACCGUGCUCAUCCAAUAAUGUUCAGGAAAAUGUUACGAGCCAGCCUGCCUUCCAAGGAUCAGAAGCUAAACCCAUCGCUUUGGCAACACCGCCUUUGGCAUUUGGAGAGAAGUUUGGGGAUGUUUAUGAAGUAGUUCUGAUAUUAGACAACCGGGAGCAAUUUGCUAUGCAAGGAUCACGUUCAAGAAAAAUUAUUGAGAACAUAUGCUCUCUGUUUCAAAUUCAGAUAGAGGUUAGAAGGUUGCCUGUGGGUGAUGGAAUUUGGAUAGCUCGUCAUAAGUAUCUUGGAAGUGAAUUCGUACUUGAUUUUAUUGUUGAGAGGAAGAAGGUUGAUGAUUUGCGUCAGUCAAUAAGGGACAAUCGAUAUCGAGAUCAGAAAAUGCGGCUUGUGCGAUGUGGGCUUAAGAAGAUGAUAUAUCUGGUGGAAGGUGAUCCAAAUUCCUCAGAGGCAGCUGAAAGCAUCAAAACGGCUUGCUUCACGACUGAGAUCUUGGAGGGUUUUGACGUGCAACGAACUAAUGGACUAGCUGAUACAUUGAAAAAGUAUGGUAAUCUUACUCAAUCAAUCAACCAAUACUACAGAUCUCUAGAUACCGUGCAACAGUGCGUUGGUGGAUGCCCUCCUUUUGAUGAAUUUAUCAAAAGGUGUGAAGACUUGGAUAAAAUGACAGUUAGUGAUGUAUUUGGUAUCCAGCUCAUGCAGGUUUCACAGGUAACAGAGGAAAUUGCUCUUGCUGUUUUAGAUAUGUACCCAACAUUGUUGUCUCUUGCUUGUGCCUAUUCUCUUCUGGAGGGUGAUGCUAUUGCACAAGAGGAAAUGCUGAAAAGGCAGAGCAACAACUUGAUCAGUGGGACCGCCAGCAAAAAUAUAUUCCAAUUAAUCUGGGGUGGUUAAAGUAUAUGUAUUAAUCUCUCUCUAAUAUAUAUAUAUAUAUAGACAGAUAUAUGGGAUUUGUCAAGGUUGUAAAGAUGCAAGAGAAAAAGGAUGCCAUGCAAAUGGUUUCUUCUAUAUCAUCCGCAGUCACAAGAAGCGGUUUUGGUUC